GCCACCUCACAAAAAGAAACGAGGGGAAAAUCUUGUCCCGCGUUUGGUUAAACUUAAAACAAAGAAAGGAAUAGAAAAAAUCUCGUCUCGUAGACUAACAGGACGGCCUUUCUAUUUCACAUCACACAAUUUUUAUUGCGCCCUCUCUCUCUCUCUCUCUCUCACUCUCUCUCCUUUAGGAGGAAUAAGGAAAACAAAAAGCCCUAGAUACAUCGUUAAAAGUAUGUACGGUCAAGACGGCGACGAAGCUGCUCCGCCUUCAUAUAGUGGUGGGUAUGGCGGUGCUGGUGGCUAUGGUGGUGGCGGUGCAGGUUACGCAGGGGGAGGUGGAGGUGGUGGCGGCGGUUCUGGAGGUUAUGGAAGGGACAGUGGUUAUGGUGGCGGCGGAGGCGGACGUGGUGGAGGUCACGGGGGCCGUGGCGGUGGCAGAGCAGGCGGUGGAGGAUAUGGUGGUAAUCCUCAAAAUCGAGGUGGUGGAGGCUAUCAAGGAGGAGAGCGUGGUGGAAGAGGUGGCGGUGGAAGAGGUGGUGGCCGUGGUGCAGGUGGCAGAGAUGGUGAUUGGCUUUGCCCGAACCCCGGCUGUGGGAACUUGAACUUUGCAAGAAGAGUUGAGUGUAACAAAUGCGGUGCACCCUCUCCUGCGGGUGCUGGUGGUAGUGGUAGUGGUGGUGGUGGUGGUGGUGGUUAUAACAGAGGAGGUAGUGGUGGGGGAUAUGGUGGUAAUCGGGGAGGUCGAGAAGAUGGGAAUAGAGGUGGUUAUGAUAGUGGGAGGAAUAACAACUAUGAUGGGGGCAGAGGUGGAAAUUAUGAUAAUAGAAGUGGUGGUAGUAGAGGUGGUUCUUAUGGAGGUAGUCAAGGGAGGGAAGAUGGUGGGUAUGGUCAAGUUCGUCCUCCAGCGCCCAGUUCUUAUGGUGGUGCUGCUGGUGGCAAUUAUCCACCCGCUCCUAAUGCAUAUGGUGGGAAUGCAAAUUAUGGAACGGAUGCAGUUCCUCCACCUGCAAGCUAUACUGGUGGACCCACAUCAUUCCCUCCAUCUUAUGGUGGUUCGGCAGGUGGUUAUGGUGGUGACAAUUUGAGUGAUGUCAGGACUGGUGGUCGGGGUGGACCUUCUGGUGGAUAUGAAAGUGGGUAUGGGUCUGGUGGUCCUCGACAUCAGGGAGGUGGUUAUGGUGGCCCUCCCGCUGAUGCACCAGUUAAGGUCAAGCAGUGCGACGGCAACUGUGCAGAUUCUUGUGACAACUCAAGAAUAUACAUAUCAAAUUUGCCACCUGAUGUUACUGUUGAAGAAUUAAGAGACCUUUUUGGCGGCAUUGGACAAGUUGGAAGAAUUAAGCAGAAGCGUGGCUAUAAAGAUCAGUGGCCGUGGAAUAUUAAAAUAUACACAGAUGAGAAGGGAAACCAGAAAGGUGAUGCAGUUUUAUCUUAUGAAGAUCCUCAGGCUGCUCACUCUGCUGGCGGUUUCUUUAACAAUCACGUCAUGAGAGGCCAUACAAUCAGUGUGGCUAUGGCAGAGAAGACUGCACUUAAAGGAUAUGAUCAUGGAGGUGGUAAAGGUGGCUACGGGGGUGGUGGGGACAGGCGCAGGGAUAAUUACAGAGAUGGAGGUUCUGGGCCAGAUAGACAUCACUAUGGUGGAAACCGUUCACGCCCAUACUGAGAGAUUUUCAGCUUCGAGUAUUUUAUGUACUAAGAAUUGUGGUUUAAGGAUUGUAGUUGUGUUCCAUUCACAGGGUUGUUCUUGAACAGGAGACUAAGAGGUAGGUUGUUCAAUUGUCUGAGCAAUACCCCUUUUUCUCCUUCCUUCUUUGUCUACUGUGAGCUGGAGGGGUUUUUAUUCUAGGCGUUGGGUUGAUUGAAUUUGUGUGAAUCUUUUUAUAGAGGCAAGCGGAUUAACUCCAAAUUGCUUGCUGCUAAGGUAGGUUGAUAAUUUCAGGUGAGUGCUGCUCUUCCAAAUGACACAUUUACCCUUUUGUUUGGAAAUUAACCCUUAGUGGUGGAUUUGAUUAUGUUGCCUGUCUGCUCAUUCAUUCCAUGUGGUGGAACAAGCUUGUGAAUUAUAUGCAUGCAUGGUUACCCUUUAUAUUGAAAACUGUUCUUGCUAUUAAAGGUGAUGGGAUUUAGCAUCCCAUGCUAGAAACUAGAUGCUAUUAGUGACUGCCAAAGUUGUUACUUUUGAAUUCUCAAGAUAAUUAUUCCCUCGGGCAAAUGAAGAAUUUGAUCUGGAUCCUUAUAUGGCAGCAUGAGCAUAUCUAUUCUAAACUAUUUCAUAAUACUAGGUCCUAUGCUUUAAUCUUAUGAUAUUGGUUUGGUUUUAGGAUUGAAUUGUUGCCACGUGUUGCUAACUAAGGCAAUAGCUGGAAUGUACUGAAUGCUAUUUUAUACUUGGUUGUUUUACUAAAUAAAUGGUUGGCGUACGGUUAAGUGGUUGAUAGCAUUUGAUGGACCACACUUGGUUUGGCUGCUGUUACAUUCCUCUAGUGUGACAAGAGUUGCAGAAUAAUGGCUGGAGAGUUGUUGAGAGUUUGCUUUUCUUCAUGAUCUGAUUGUCGCUGUGAGCUGAAGGAUUACGUCACCUUGUGAUGGGGCAUGUUAUUUUGCUCCUUUUCCAAGGACUGUUUACAUUUAUUUCUUUGUAUUCUGCCAACAAAAAUUUUCUCAAACCUUUCUUAAUGGAUGCUUUUAACUCCAUUGUUUUG